AUGGACGUCGCAGAACGAUGUGUACGAGUGUACCAGCUGGAGGAAGCUCUCAAUCUGUACCUCAUCGAGAUGGCGCGAGUGGACAGGAUGAAAGGUUACGAGAUGGAAGAAAGUCACCAGAAGAGCACAGCAGUCGACUCGCCUGUCACAUGUAGCGACUCAGAGUGUCGACACUAUCCACGUCUUGUCGUCACCGAGUCGGAGCAGAGGGAAGUCGCAAGCAGCGAGGAAAAGAGGGGUCCAGAAAGCGCGACCAAAGACAGCGACGGCGAGAAUGAUGACGAGGAGGUCAAACCUCUCAUCCUCACCCUCGCCCAGCUAGACCGACCACUCCGUCGCAGAGGAGAGAGCGGCGAUCACUUCGACCACCCCGUUUUCUAUGCGCGUACCGGGCUCAUGCGGCUGGCCAUAGACGAAUUCGGCGCCGUCUACGUUGAUCACGGCAGCGAGCGUUUUGCUGAAAUGUACGGGGGAGAAGAGAUAGGGGAACCUUGUGCUGAUGAGAAUUGCCCAAUGCUUCACGACACGGAGCCCGACGAUUGGGAUUAUGGCAUUCCGAGCAACGAAGUAACCUUCAUGCACGGUGUGCAGAAGCCUCCGCCUUUAUCGGGCUUGAAGGCUGCGAGCAACGAGCCAGACCCUGCGAUAUUCCCUGGCCUUCUCGCAAUCUGCCGAAAUGUCCUCAUGGCGACAUCUCAGCUCGUCAAUCUGUCGCUCACUGGAUUUCUUGCUCGGCCGCUCUACUCCAACGCGCCGCCACUCACAACGCUGCGAUUCCUUUGCAUCGGACCCAGUUCAGCCUCCUAUCGCGACAUGCCAGACCUCGCCUCCAACAGCGUGCCCAAUCUCGAAAAACUGCGCCUAUGUGGGAUGCGUAUGGAGUACUACAUGGAACGGAGAAUUGCAGGACAUUUGGGAGCUUUCCUUCGGCUGCGUGAAUUCCAUUGCGACUCUGGCAUAACUUAUGCGGAUCAUGACCUGAUCUACUCUCACGUCCUCAAGAUGGUCGACGUGCUGCAGGGACGCCUCACGCAUCUGGGAGCGGGAAGUGAUGAGGAGGAGGCGACUGCAAGCGCGGAGAGGUUGAGUGAUGCAGAGCCCACUUCUACGGCUCAAGACCCAACCACAGUCACGCAGCGCUACAUUGAGCUGCGUCUUGGGAGAAGGAUGCUGGACAGGCUGCUCACGUCUGCGCACACGCCGGAGAUCCGCGCUGCGUGGCGAACAGGCUCAGAGGUCAGCGAUGCGCCUCAUCGCCUGCGAUUGAGGAAGAGUCGUGCCGCUCGCCGAGGCUGGGAAUCUCAUGAAAAGUCGCAAGCUCAUCAGCGCGACAGCGAUACUUGGUGGGACGAUCGUGCCUUAGAGUGUGAGGUGGAGGCCCACAAGAGUUGA